CGGUACUUCCUCUUGAUGACCCAACAUUGGUGUCGGUCUCCGACCAUGGCCCCGCAGUGCUCGCACAUCCGCGUGCCUGCCAUCGCUCGGUCCGGGCCUGGCGCGGUCGCCUGCGCCUCCGCGGCGGUGACUGCCGCGCGCCCCUUGGUCGGCACCCGCUCGGCCGGUGGUUGGGUGUUCCUCGUCGCCCGGUCGGCGGCCGUCCGCUGGCCGCCCACCGCGCGCUGGUGGGCUGUCGCCGGGUCUCUGGGCCGCCCCGCGUCGAUCCUGCAUGCCCCGGCCUGCGCUUCGGUUCCUGGGGUGCCCGCGCCCCGGACGGCGGCGCGCUCCUGCGCCCAUAGGCGCCGCUCUACAUCGAGCAUCCGCGCCCACAUCUCCAUUGGGGGUGGAUCGGCCCGUGCCCCUUUUUUACUCUUUUUGCCGAAAAUUGACCAUAUGGCCCCCGUCACCAUCUGCGCGCACAUGGUGGUGACGGUGGUAGCCACGAAGUGGCGCACCGUGGCGUCCACCCGCAGUCCCAUGGACCACAUGGCCCACGCGACGGGCACUCCGAGGAGGGCCGUGACCGGCUUAGCCCCCCGGCCCGCGCUCCUUGUCAGCCUCCCGAG